UAUUUUUAUGUGAAUUUUAAAUUAUUGAUAACUACUGUGUGUGUGUUUGUAGACACAAUUUUUUAAAUAUAAUUAUAUCAUAUGUUUAAUGACAAUAGUUGUAAAUUAAAACAAUUUAAAUAUAUCUGUGAUAAGUUGAUAUCUGAUCCACUUUUAUAUGAAUAUUUGUUAUUAAAUCUCAAAGUUCACCCAUCAAUAGGUUUCACAAACUAAUCGCUAUUAAUGAUAGCCUCAGGUCUUAUGUCAGGAAUGUUAGAAAACCAGUCAUUUGUGGCCUAAAAAACUGUUUUACAAGACAUCAGGCAAUCAUCAGUUGUUUGAUCGCUUCAUUACACCGUUAAAAACCAAUUGACUGUUUGUUUGACAUUUGGUUUGCCAUCAAAUUGUAAUCACAUAUUUUAAUUGAACCGAUAAACCACUUUUAAGUCAUACAACAGACCAUCUGUAUUAAGGAAUGUGUGAUUUUGUUCAUUCAAUUAAUGCCAUCAAUGAUAACAAUAAUGCAAAUGAUUUUAAUGAGAAAAAACAAGUUUUAAAUGUAUCACAAAUAAAGCCAAUCAAUGGUAAAGUCUUGGAUUGUUUGCCAACCAAUGGAUUGAUGACAAAUGGCUGCACAGAUAAUCGAAAAACAUGUGAAAUGUCAUCAUCGAUGGUGUUGUCCGACAAAGAGACCAAAUGUAAGGGAUUUGUGGUAUCCAUUGAAACACUGGACAGUCCAACCAUUGAUGCCGUUUUAGAUAAAGUUCCUCUGGUUUACGACCCAAUCACCAAACAAUUGUUACUACAGAAAAAGUUUGUCAACAAUAAAGGGCUGAAUGGAUAUAAAAAUGGUGUGAAUAGUAAUAAUAAUUAUUAUCAAAACGGGUUCAAGAAGUUGAAUGGCUUUACGAGUCUCAUAAAUGACGACAAUAAAGGUAUCCACGAAUCUAAUGAUAAGACAAUAUCUUGUGAUGAAUACUCGGCAAACAUUGGAGAGUCUUGUAAUGAUAUCUCAUGUAGUGAUGACUUGUUUAAUGAUAAUUAUAGACAGAGUUGUACUACUAAUACAGGGUUUAUAAGACAACAAGAAUCUCAAAGUGAAGAUAAUUAUAAUAACGACAAUAAUAACGAUUUAUCAGUGUUUGAGUCUAAGAAAGAGCGUUCACUUCUUGAUGAAGACAAUCAAUUAAGUACUAUCAGCGAUGACAACAGCACUGAUAACAUAUCAAAUGUGGACUCAAGUGUCCAAUCACUCAAUUUAGAUGACACUGAAUCUCUUGUUGACUCAAAGCCAAAGAAAUUGUUUACUCUAUCGUUUCAAAGUCUUAUUAAUAAAGUUAAGAAAUGCAGUAAUAAUAGCAUAACAAUUGCUAAUAAUAAUAAUAACCAUAAUAUUGGCAACAAUUGUGCAAAUAUCUCAUCGACGACAGCAUUAAUACUGGAGAACCGUCCGUCUAAUCUUCCGGCCAAACCACACGAAGAAGACAAGAAACACAAACAAGAAUUCGAGGAAAUGAUACGACAGACCCGUAAGAAAAAACAGAAAGAAAUGAAAGUGAUGAAGAAAUUGGUGGAAAAACAACUUCAAUUAGAGGAACAGGUCAUCGAAGCAAUAAAACUGUGGAACGAAGAGAUACUUCCAAAUUGGCAGAAAACAAGAAGUCAAAAGAAGACUAACGAAUUGUGGUGGUCUGGUGUGCCAUCACUUGUUCGUCAAAGGCUUUGGAUUUUGGCAAUUGGUAACGAUCUGAACAUCAUUGACGAUGUCUAUGAACAAUGUGUCAGUCGCUCAAAGGAGAAAGUCUGGGCUAAACUCAGUGCCGAAUGUCACGAGAAUGAGGACUGUUGUUGUGGUGAAAGUACCGCCGAUUUAAUUAAAUUAGACGUUUCGCGUACUUUUCCACAGUUAGGACUCUUCCAAGAGAACGGUCCCUAUCAUGAUAUACUCAGCGAACUGUUAGGUGCUUACGUGACUUAUCGACCGGACAUCGGUUACGCUCAGGGAAUGUCGUUUUUGGCGGCAAUGCUGCUCUUGAAUAUGGAGUCCGCACAAGCAUUCGUAUGUUUAGCUAAUUUGUUAAACAAUCCAUUGCUGGUGUCGUUCUUCCGCGUCAACCAACCCGUUAUGAAUGCCUAUUAUAAGACAUUUGAAGAGUUUUUUAAAGAAAAUUUGCCAAAACUGUACAAACAUUUCAAUGAUCACAAACUUAGUCCCGAUCUGUAUUUAGUUGACUAUAUCUAUACAUUGUUUAGCCGAUCGCUUCCAUUAGAUAUCGCCAGUCGUGUUUGGGAUUUGUUUCUUCGCGAUGGCGAUGAGUUCAUAUUUAGAGCCGCAUUGGGCAUACUUUCCAUGUAUUACGAAGAGUUGAUUAACUUAGACUUCAUAUAUUUGGCCCAAUUUCUUACCAAACUUCCCGAUGAUAUCGAUUCCGAUAAAUUGUUUUCUUAUAUAUUGGGUAUUCAUAUGACUGUUGGCUCAGAGAAGAACUCUUUUUCUACGGUAUUGUCAUCAAAACUUUUGGUAAACUCUGAUCAUUGAUUAGUUAUGAUUUACAAUAUAUAAUAUACUUUUUGU